AUGAACCGGCAAUUCAGUUCCAGAUCAUUUUCAGCGGGGGGAAGGAGGAACUACUCUGUCUCCAACAGUGGCUUCCGAGUGGGCAACAGCUCAACCUCUGUCAUCGGAGGAGUGGGAUCUUUUGGUGGUGGCUUUGGCAGCAGAAGUCUCUACAACACUGGUGGAAGCAAGCGGAUUUCUAUGGCAUAGCUUGGUGGUGGUGGAGGAGCUCACUUUGGAAGAAGCUUGGGUGGUGGUCUGGGAUUCAGCAGUUAUAACACAGGAUAUGGGGUUGGUGGCAGUGGCAUGGGCCUAGGUAGUCAUGUUGGAGGCUUUGGUGGUGGUGGUGGCGGUGGUGGAGGAGGAUAUGGAUUUUCAGGCUCAAUGCCUUGCCCACCUGGGCGAAUCCACAAUGUCAUAGUGAAUAAGAACUUACUGACUCCUCUGCACGUGGAGGUUGAUCCUGAGCUUCAGAGGGUCCGGGUGCAAGAGAGAGAACAGAUUAAGACCCUCAACAACAAGUUUGCCUCUUUCAUUGACAAGGUGCGAUUCCUUGAGCAACAGAAUAAAGUCCUAGAAACCAAAUGGGAUCUUCUGUACCAACAAGGCUCUCCAGCACUAAGGGACAAUCUUGAACCUAUUUAUGAGGCUUACAUUGAAACUCUUCGAAGACAGCUUGACAGCCUCUGCAAUGAUAAAAACCAUUUGGACAUAGAACUGAAGACACAAGAGCUUGUGGAAGAUUUCAAGAACAAAUAUGAGGAUGAAAUUAACAAACGGACAGCUUGUGAAAAUGAUUUUGUGGUGCUCAAAAAGGAUGUGGACGGCUAUAUGCACAAGAUGAUGGGAUCCAAGUCUGACUCCUUGACUCAUAUCCAGUUCUUAAGAGCGCUCUUUGAUGCGGAGCUGACUCAGCUGCACUCGCAAGUUAAGGAGACGAACGUUAUUCUGCAAAUGGACAACAACCGAGAUCUGGAUCUCGACAGCAUCAUUGCUGAAGUCAAAGCUCAGUAUGAAGACAUUGCCAAUCGCAGCAGAGCAGAAGCUGAGGCAUGGUACCAAAGUAAGUUCCAAGAAUUGCAAAGUACAGCUUUCAAACAUGGUGAUGACUUGAAAUCAACCAAAGAUGAGAUUGCAGAUCUGAGCCGGAUGGUCCAAAGACUUCGGUCCGAAAUCGAAAUUGUGAAGAAAGCAAUUAGCAGCCUGCAGUCCAACUUAGCAGAAUCUGAACAACGUGGGGAGUCAGCCCUGAAAGAUGCUCGGACAAAGUUGCUUGACCUCCAGUCUGCCCUAACAUCAGCAAAGGACGAGCUGGCUCGCCUGCUGCGGGAUUAUCAAGAACUGAUGAAUGUGAAACUGGCCCUGGAUGUUGAGAUUGCUACAUACAGAACCCUGCGAGGAGAGGAGUGCCGGAUGUCGGGCGAGUUUGAAACCCUGUCAAUAUCUGUAACUGUGAUCAGCAGCUCGAGCACCAUGAGUGGAGGAGGAUACGGUGCAGGAGGAGGAUACGGUGUCCGGGGAUCUGGCUACGGAGCUGGAGGAGGAGCUGGAUAUAAAGCCAAUGUUAUGACUUUGCAACAGUUGUGUGAACCUGAAGGAGAUGGACAUCAUUCAGUCUUUGAAUAUGGACCAUAUGGAGAAUAUGACUUUAAAAACAGUAGCAAUUCUGGAAAUAGAGGUUCUUUUUCUUCGACUCCAGGAACAGUGAUCAAUAAACUGUACACUUGGGCCCUCUACAACAGUGCUACUGGCAUGUUGUACUCCAAAUGA